AUGUCGGCCAAGAUCCAGAAGGUGCUCGCACGGCAGAAGAGCAAAAUCGAAGAAGGCGAAUUCUACGAGGCGCACCAGCAGAUCCGCACCAUCGCCAACCGCUACGUCAAGGCCAGCGACUGGCCCGCCUCCAUCGAGCUCCUCUCCACCGGCGCAUCUCUCCUCCUCAAGGCCGGACAGGGCGGGUCUGGCGCGGACCUGUGCAACUACCUCAUCGAAGUCUACCAGAAGGCCGAGCUGAAGCAGGACACGGCGAAUAAAGCGCGACUCCUUGGUCUCCUUCGGGCCUUUCCGCCAAAUGAGCCGGCCAAGAAGAAGUUUGUUGGCGGCAUCGUAGAAUGGAGCAGCAAGAACGGCGACUUCCCAGCAGGAGACCCAGAGCUACACCAUGUCAUUGGCACACUUUUCGCGGACGAGGGAGAAGUCUACGAUGCGGAGCGACAUCUUGCGCUUGGUACCUCCGACUCGGCGCAGACCAUGAGCGACAUGGAGUACGAAUGGUACUCCAGCGACGAGCCUUCAACAGCACCACACUAUGCCGCCCGCGCCGUCUUCCCCUACCUCCUUAUUGGCAACACCCGCGCCGCGAACAAAGCGCUCCUCCUCUUCACCAGCAAGCUUUCUUCAUCACACCCCGGCCUGGGCGUGCAGAGCAUAUCCUCCCCAUCCUCCGACAUCCGCAUAUACCCUUCGCUUCCACUCCUCAACUUCCUCGGCCUCCUCCUACUAGCCAUCCAGCGCGGCUCUUCAGACCUGUUCAAGCAGCUCAAGGCACACUACGCGACACAUCUGAAAGAGGUGCCGUGGGAUGAUGCGAUGGCGCAACUCGGUGAGAUGUUCUUCGGCAUCAAGAUCCCAAGCCAAAGCAAUCCCAUGUUCGACAUGAUGAGCUCAAUGUUGAUGGGAGGCAACAAUCCAUUUGCGAUGAAGAAGAAGGAUCCCAGAGCUGUCACUUCGACGGCAACACCUCCACCGCCCACGAGCGCACCUGCGGUCGAUUGA